GAGAAGAACAAGACAAGAAGAACAAGAAGAGGAGUGAGUGAGUAGUGACUGAGUGAGUGGCGUCGCCAUUUUACAGCGUUCGACCCAUCCAUGGACUCCCUUCAGUUUUCGGGGUGUAUCUCGCUCCAAAGUGGACCUUGGGCCGUUGGGUGUGAAUAGAAACCCGGGCUCAGAGUGCCACGCCCCCAUUGCCGUGGUUGAAUCCGCCCAAUCCGGUGGAUUAGGAUCCGAUAUCCCGCUUGAAACCCGGGCCUACCCCCGUUUCAGCCCUAGCUCAGGCUGCUGAACGCCUCACCUGCCCGAGCUCGUUCCGCCGCCCAUCGACGAGUUACGCCCACUUGGACUAAAGCAAAAAGACGCCCCCUACCUCGAUCUCGAUCGACUGUGUAGUGAUCCGCCCCGCCCCGUGUGGAGUGUUUGGCCGCAAUCCCGCCUCAAAGUUGGCGUGUUUGGGUCCCACGAAGGAGCCUCCUUCCGUCUGCCCAGGCGCUCAGCGCCGGCCCUUUCAGCCCAUCGGGCGGUUGACUGCUAGCACCACUAAAGACGUCUUGAACAGGGCCAGUCACUGCUCUGUGCUUGGGGAUUGGGUCGGACGGGUCCCGAUACUACCACACGACCACACUCGCAGAGCCCAGUAGCACGGACCAACUGAGCGAGCACUGAGUGAGGACUGAGUGAGCGAGUGAGUGUGAGGAGGCUGCUCUGCGUUGGAGGCUGAGCCAUAGUCACACACCAACUUCAUAAUACUGCAUACAUACGUACACAUCCCGCCAGAGCCGACGGACCCCGAGUGAACAAGUUACUUUAGAGAUAUAGCUUUAUAUGUAGCCAGCCGCUGGCAGGCAAUUGGAACCCUCGGGAGUGACCAACGAGUGUCAUGGCCUCCUCCGAUUCCAUGGGCGACGAGCCCCUCUCCAAAAAGCCUCGAUUUGAGGAAGACAUUCUCAACCUGAACACGGCCUUGCCGGACGACCUGUUGUUCGACUUGGGAGACUCGUCCAGCAAUGCGGGUGGUCCUUCCAAUCAGUCCAACAACAUGGUCAACAACCCCGUGUCGAGUGGUCCGCCCGUGGGUCUCAUGUCCAGUGGGAUCAGCAUGGCCAACGGCAUGGGCAUGUCCAAUGCCACGGUCACGUCCAUGUCGCAAAUGGGCCAGAUCCGCACCUCGCAGGCCAGCAACAUGAUCAACAUGGGCAAGAUGACGCACAACGGACCCAACAUGCUCGACAUGGGCGCCAUGAACACCAUGAACGGCAUGAAUCAACAGCCGCAACAACAACAGCAACAGCAACGGCCGCCCAUGGGUGUGGGCAUGUCCAUGAACAACAUGAUGCCCACCAGCCAGGCGCCAAUGAUGGCUCGUGGCAAUCAGUUUGUGGGCAAUCGACCGCCCAACAUGAUAGUGACCAACCAGAUCCCGCGCCCGCCGCCCUCGGGCGCCAUGAUGGCGGGUAAGCCGCGCAUGAUCACGCCCAACGUCAGAAUGCAGCCCGGUAGCAUCAUGGUGAGCAGUAAUCAUCAGUUCGUGGGCGGCAACACUGUGAUCAACACGGCUCCUGGCGGACAACGCAUGUCCCAAAUGACACCCGGCGGUCCGGUCAAUUUGCCGCCUCGAUAUCCAGGGAAUAAUCAGGGCCAGAUGCUCGUGCAAGUGAGCCAGAAUAGCCAGAAUCAAAUUUUGACGCAAAACAUCGGAGUGAUCAAGCCACAACAACAGCAGCAACAGCAAAAUUCGUUGCUCCAACAACAACAACAACAGCAACAGCAGCAACAGACUCAGCCGCAACAGCAAGGUGGUCCUCAGCAGCAGCAACAAGGUGGUGCUGGGGCGUUGGGAAACAAUGUGGGAGGUGCCCCGGCCGCGCCCACUACGGCUGAUCCUGAAAAACGCAAACUCAUACAGCAACAACUUGUGUUACUCCUGCACGCCCAUCGAUGUCAGAUACGCGAUAAAGAGAUGUCGAACAGUGGUGGACAAAUUGUACAGUGUAAUUUGGAACACUGCGGUACCAUGAAGCAAGUGCUCAAUCACAUGACCUCGUGCCAAGCGGGUAAGUCUUGUCCCGUGGCACACUGUACGUCCUCGCGACGAAUCAUUGCUCAUUGGAAACACUGCAACCGCGCCGAUUGCCCUGUGUGUCGACCCCUGAAGCGCUUUGAUCCCACCCAGCGUCGUCAAGAAGGACCCCCGGGCACUCUGCUCGGCCCCAACUCCAAUCAAAUGCCCAACACCUCCGUGGCCUCCACCAACGGCACGCAAGGACCUCAGCAGCAGCAACAACAACAGCAGCCGCAACAGAUGGCCCAGGCCGGAGGGCCUCCUACCCCCCAAGGGCCCAAUCAAGGACCCAAGCCCAUGCCGAACCUCUCUGGCCCCAGCCAGUCGCCAGGACCUUCGGACGAUAGCAUGAAGCGGGCUCUCCAGGCCUUAGGUAUUCCUUCAGGUGGCGCCAACAACUUCAACAUGGGCGGCGUGCGCCCUCGAAUGCCCAUCAGACCAAACAUGAGUCUGCCCAAUCAAGUGGUGGCUCCACAGCAGCAGCAACAACAACAACAACAACAUCCGAACAUGCUCAACCAACAACAAACUCCAAACUCGAUGGGCGGGCCCAACAUGGGUAUGGCACAGCCACAACAACAACAGCAACAGCAGCAACAGCAGCCGCAGCCAAACCAAUCCUUUCCCCCAGUGUCGUCUGUGGCCACCAACAGUCCCAGUGCUUUGGCGCGAGAGCUAAUGGAGGGUAAGGUGGACACUCUGCCCAAUAAUCUGUCUGCAGCCGUGUCCGCUCAACCCAUGCCGUCGAAUAAGGAAUGGCACUCUUCGGUAACGCCCGACCUUCGAAACCAUUUGGUCAACAAAAUAGUUCAAGCAAUUUACCCCAUGGCUGGACCCGCCGUCAUGUUGGAUAAGCGACUCCACAGUUUGGUGGCCCACGCCAGAAAAGUCGAAUCCGAUAUGUAUUCUGUGGCUAUGUCUCGGUCCGAGUAUUACCAUCUCUUGGCCGAGAAGAUCUAUAAGAUCCGAAAAGGUCUCGAAGACAAGAAGAAGCAACGCCAAAUGGCUCAAGGAGGCCAACCCGGGGGAGGUGGAGGUCAGAUGCCCAUGCAAGCUCAGGCCCCGCCCCAGAACCGAAUGCCCAACCCAAUGAGCCAAACCGGCGCCCCUCAUCCGCCCAUGAGUAGCAUGGGUCCCACGGGUCCCCGUCCCAACGGACCCAUGUUCAGUCAAAGUGGCUCCACCAACGACAACAACAGCACCACCAUGGGCGGGAAUCCCAUGCUUCGAUCUCAAUUAGAGAACAACAUGGGCAUUCAAAGACCUCCGAUGAGCAUGAGUGGCCCUCCUCCCACCAGCCAGACUGGCCAGAGUGGCCCCAGCUCGUCGUCGGGCGUGGCUGGAAGCCUCCUGUUAUCCCAGCUGGCCAAACCUUCAAGUGAUCCCAAUCCGAACCUGAUCAACCAAAGGGCCGAAGUCCUGGCCAACAAAGUCCCUAAUGAGAACCUUCCCCAGGCACUGCCCAACUUGGGCAGCAACAGUAGUAACACCGCUCAAGAGAGCAACGGGGCCAUGCAGACCACCAUGGAGAUUAAGCAGGAGAUCAAGCAGGAGCACGAAGCCAUGCAGGACGUGAAGCCCAAUUUGGCCGACAUCAAGAGCGAGCCCAUGGACGAGAGUAGUCAGGACAUCAAGCCUGUGAUCAAGCAAGAGCCCGGCAUCAAGAGCGAGCCCAAUACAGCCGAGAAUAGCACUUCCAAGGCCGUGGCCAUCAAGGCCGACUCAACGGUAGCGCUCAAUUCCGUCAAGACCGAGCCGCCCAAAAAGAUCAUCAAACAGCCCGUCACGUUCUCCAAAGAGGAGCUCAAGGAGGCGCUUGAGCCACCCUUGCUUCGACUUUACAAUCAGGAUCCGGAGGCCGUGCCUUUCCGAACUGCAGUGGAUCCCACGGCUUUGGGCAUCCCCGACUACUUCGAUAUCAUCACCAAGCCCAUGGACAUGAGUACGAUCAAGACCAAAUUGGACCAGGGCGACUACACCAAUCCCUGGCAAUUCGUGGACGACGUGUGGCUCAUGUUCGAAAACGCCUGGAUUUACAACCGAAAGACGUCCAGGGUGUACAAGUACUGCACUAAGCUUUCCGAGAUGUUCGAGCAAGAUAUUGACCCUGUGAUGCAAGAACUAGGCUAUUGCUGUGGUCGAAAGUUCGCCUACAGUCCGCAAACCCUUUGUUGUUAUGGCCAGCAAAACACUAUUUGUACAAUUGCCAGAGACGCUAAAUACUUCGUCUUCGAAAACAAAAACCCGACGCCUUCACUGUUCUCGGAUAAGUAUGCAUUUUGUACCAAGUGCUUCAACGAUGUCCAAGGGGACUUGGUCGCACUCUGUGAUGACCCCUCGCAACCCGCUACACAAGUCCCCAAAACCGACUUCAUCGAGAAGAAAAAUGAUCUUCUAGAGAAGGAGGCCUUUGUCACGUGCGAGGACUGUGGCCGAAAGCUUCAUCAAAUCUGCGUCCUUCAUAUUCCUCAAAUAUGGGCUCAAGGAUUUGUCUGUGAUAAUUGCCACAAACGGCGUGAUACAAAGCGAAAAGAGAAUCGCUUCUCGGCCAAACGCUUGCCAACCACUCGUUUGGGCAACUACAUCGAGACUCGCGUGAACAACUUCCUCCGGAAGAAGGAGGCCGAUGCUGGUGAGGUCUACAUUCGGGUCGUCUACAGUGGCGACAAACAUGUCGAAGUCAAACCCGGGAUGAAGAAGAGAUUUGUGGAUACAGGCGAGAUGAAGGACAACUUUCCCUAUCGAGCUCGGGCCAUGUUCGCCUUCGAAGAGAUUGACGGUGUGGAUGUAUGUUUCUUUGGCAUGCAUGUCCAAGAGUACGGCUCAGAUUCCCCGGCGCCCAACACAAGGCGGGUCUACAUCGCCUAUUUGGACUCGGUGCACUUCUUCAAACCUCGACACUUCCGGACAUCGGUCUACCACGAGAUCCUUUUGGGUUACUUGGACUACAUGAAGAAGCUUGGCUACACCCUCGCCCACAUUUGGGCGUGUCCUCCGAGCGAAGGCGACGAUUACAUUUUCCAUUGCCAUCCCCCAGACCAAAAAAUCCCGAAGCCAAAGCGUCUUCAAGAAUGGUACAAAAAGAUGUUGGACAAAGGCAUCAUCGAGAGGAUUGUCCUGGACUACAAGGACAUCUACAAGCAAGCCUUGGAGGACAACCUCCAAUCCCCGGCUGAACUUCCCUAUUUCGAGGGGGAUUUCUGGCCCAAUGUCCUCGAAGAGAACAUCCGCGAACUCGAGCAAGAAGAGGAGGCCCGCAAAAAGGAAAUGGAGGAGCAAGAACGGGCGGCGGCCGAAGCCGCAGCAGCGGCCAAUGACGGGUGCGAUGAUGACACCAAUCCGGACACCACCACCAGUGACGGCAAGAAAGGUGGAAAGAAAAAGAAUCAGAAGAAGAAAAAGAACUCUCAACAACGGAAAAACAACCAGAAGAAAAGCUCAACGGGCUCGGGUGGCGAUUUGACGGCCAAGGUGUUCGCCACCAUGGAGAAGCACAAGGAGGUGUUCUUUACCAUCCGAUUGCAUUCAGCGCAAUCCGCAGCCUCGCUAAGUCCCAUCCAGGAUCCUGAUCCCCUCAUGAGCUGUGAUCUCAUGGACGGCCGUGAUGCAUUUUUGACCAUGGCUCGGGAGAAGCAUUUGGAGUUCUCCAGUCUUCGGCGAUGCAAGUUCUCCAGCAUGGUGUUGCUCUACGAACUGCACACCCAGGGACAAGACAAGUUCGUGUAUACAUGUAACACUUGCGUGAAGAGUGUUGAGACGCGAUACCAUUGCACCGUAUGCGAGGACUUCGACUUGUGCGUCGACUGCUACCAGAAGGAGAAACAUCCCCACAAGAUGGAGAAGUUGGGCUUUGGACUCGAUUCCGACAACUCCGGAGACAAUUCCAAUGGCCAAGGUGUGCGACAAUUGUCCAUUCAGCGGUGUAUCACCUCGCUGGUGCACGCUUGCCAUUGUCGGGAUGCCAAUUGCCGGCUACCCUCCUGUCACAAGAUGAAGCGGGUAGUAACCCACACCAAAGUGUGCAAGAGGAAAACCAAUGGCGGCUGUCCCAUCUGCAAGCAGCUCAUCACCCUGUGCUGCUACCACGCCAAGCUCUGUCAAGAGGCCCGAUGUCCCGUGCCCUUCUGUCUGAACAUCAAGCAGAAGCUUCGUCAACAACAGAUGCAGCAGCGACUCCAAGAGGCAGCCAUGAUGAGACGGAGAAUCGCGAGGAUGAACCAGUCCAUUGGCAUGUCCACGCCUCAAAGUGAGGGCCCGUCCAAGCCCAUGAUCACUCAGGCUCCGCAAGUGGCCAAGGCCACGGGCGGCCCCACCACACCUACCUCGGCACCCACCUCGAUAGCCAACCACGUGACAGGCAAGCCUGGAAACCAGCCAGGGCCUGGGGCCCUUGAAGCGGUCAAGAAAGUCCAGGAAGAGGCUCACCGACAGGCGAGUCUGGCAGCGGUUGGAGUGAACAACUACGGGAAAGGCACCCCGCAGAUGAUGCAUACGGGUAACCAGCUCCCUGGAGGCACCAUGACGCAACAACAGAACAUGGGCAACCAGAUGCAAGGCCAGAUGCAGUCUCCCAACAUGCCUAUGAACCAGAACCAAUGGAACCAGGGUCAACCCCAGCAGCAGCAGCAGCAACAACAACAGCAACAACCUCAGCCGCAACAGCAGCAACAACAACAACAACAGCAGCAGCAGCGGUUCCCCAUGCAACCGGGAGGAAACAUGCAGGGACCGCCCCGCCCCAUGGGACCCCAAGGACAAGCGGGCCCUCGCGGACAAGGACCAACCCCCACCAAGCAGAGUCUUCAAGAACUAAUCAGUGUGCUCAAGAGCCCGUCUUCGGAUCAGCAGCAGCAACAAGUCCUCACCAUCCUGAAGAGCAACCCCAGUCUGAUGGCCGCGUUUAUUAAGCAACGUGCCCAACAGCACCAACAAGGUGGUCAGGCCAUGGCUGUGGGUGGGCAAGGCGGACAACAGGGAGCCUCCGGUGGGAUGAUGCCCAACCAAAGCCAAGGAAUACCACCGGGUAUGGGCGGCAAUCAAGGCAUGGCAGGACUGAUGGGCAGUCAAGCCAAUAGCAUGGUUGGCCAACAGCAGCAACAACAGCAGCAACAGCAGCAGCAACAACAGUCCCAAGUGCCCAUGAGUAAUCCCCAAAUGAUGCAGCAGUCUCAGCAACGCUAUCGGGCCAUUCACCUCCAGCAACAGCCCGGGAACUUCCAAGGCGGUCCCAACGGUCCCCAGGGCUACCAACAACCCGCACCCAGCUACCAAAGGACGAUGAGCAUGCCUAGCGGUCAGUUCGGUGGGCCGCAAAGCAUGAUGCCGCCCCAAGGGAUGAUGCCCGCGCAAAUGCUCGCUCAAGUCAGAUCUCCCCCUCCUGGUGCCGGCAUGCGAUCCCCGCAAGCCGGUGGACCCCGCCCCGGUAUGAUCCAUAGCCCCCGAAACCAGCCCAUUCCUUCCCCACGCCAUCCCAUGGGUGGCGGCGGACCCGACGACAUGGGCACCAGUCAAAUGAUGCUCGGACAACAAGGCGGCAAUCAAAUGGGUGGCGGAAUGGGGAUGCCCGGGGGCAACAUGGGUGGAAUGCCGAACAUGGGCGGGAUGCCCAACAUGGGCGGACCAGGCGGACCUGGAGGUCCCGGGGGAGUGGGUGUCAAUCAGGACCAAGAUGGCGGCCAAUCCGCCAUGACCCCACAAGACCAACUCUCCAAAUUCGUUGAAACCCUCUAGCCCGGAACCAAGAGGCGUCGCUCCAAGCUACCUGAAACGUUCAACCGCAAACAAAAACACCCUUGACACCUCAAGCUCUUCAGUUCCUCCAACCAAACCGGCAUGAGAUAUGCCAGCACGCACCCCCCAACAUUCAUACGGACACCCCCACAUACAUACACACUCACUCCCGAGCUACUGCUACAACUAUUACGAUUAUUACUAUUACUACUACGAUACCAGACUAUUUUUGUGAUGCUCUUGCGGAAAUGUUCGACUUUCCGCCCAUGUCCUCCUGAUCCGAAAACUCCAUUGGACCAGCGAGCACUGAUCUCAAGUGUGUUUUGAAGAUCCACCUAUUUAGUGAUGCACGGUGAUGAUGAUGAUUAUUAUUAUUAUUCCUUAUCAUCAUCGCCGGCCCCUGCUCCUCCUGCUCGUCCUUCUCUUCCUGCUCCCAAAGACUUCGAAGAAACAUUUGUCUUUUUGAAAGAUUUUUAUGUGUGUUGUGUCCCUCUGUCCUUUGCCCUGAAAGAAGUCUUGACCUACUAUUGUUUGUCGGAGGAGAAAGGCAACGACAGGAUAAAGAAGAAAAGGAUUAUACAGUAAUAACAAUAAUAAUAACAAAAAAUCAUAUGCAUCAUCGUCAUCUUUAGUAUUUGUUCUUCUUCAAGAAAGAAAGAGAGAAACCCCUGAAUCAACCGCAUCAACUUGUAAACUCUGUUACUUUACUACAAUUACAUUACCAUUAUCAUCAUUA